CUUGCUCGGCUUCCCUCUUCCCCGCCCCUGCAUUCAGCUAAAUGUCGGAACCUGCCGAAGAUGACGUCACGGAGCCUCGAAUCCCGUGUCGCUCCGCUUCCGAAGGAAAGGAAAAGCAACAAGAAGGAAGAGCAAUGGCGACACUGGAUCGCAAAGUGCCCAGUCCGGAGGCGUUUCUGGGCAAACCGUGGUCCAACUGGAUCGACGCCGCCAAAAUACACUGCUCCGACAAUGUAGAAUUGGAAGAGACUGGAAAAGAGGGCGGAAAAAGCAGGGAGGUUAUGAGGCUUAAUAGGGAAGAUAUGCAUUUAUUUGGCCAUUACCCAGCUCAUGAUGACUUCUUUCUAGUGGUGUGUAGUGUCUGCAAUCAGGUAGUCAAGCCCCAGGUUUUCCAGUCACAUUGUGAAAGAAGACACGGUUCAAUGUGCAAAUCUUCUCCCUCUCCAGCUUCUCCCUCCAACACUAGAACAUCAUCACUAGUACAAAUGAAACCGAAAGCCUGUAUCAGCAGCCAUAACCCUGUCAACAGCAAUUCAAAGCCAUUCAAAGCGCCCAAAGACAAUCUCCUUACCUCCAGCAACAAGCAGCACUCAGUGUUUCCUUCAAAAGUGUCAAGAGAUAAACCAUGUGUCCCUGUCCCAGUAGUCAGCCUCGAGAAAAUCCCAAACCUUGUGAAAGCAGAUAGUGCCAACAUUAAAAUGAAUUCUACCACCAACUCCUCUUCCAUUGUGGCAUCUUCAGUUUCGUCUGUGACAAAGCAGCCCCCGGUCCCCAAGCCUGUUCCUCCAUCACCAGAGAAAAUCCUGAAUGGGAAAGGAAUAGCUUCUCUCGAUAAGAAGCACCAAAAUGGCACCAAAAGCACUAACAAGCCCUUCAAGAGACUUUCAGAGAGAGAGUUUGACCCAAAUAAACACUGCGGAGUGCUGGAUCCUGAAACGAAGAAACCAUGCACAAGGUCGCUCACUUGCAAGACUCAUUCACUUAAUCACCGACGAGCGGUACCUGGUCGUAAAAAGCAGUUUGACAUCCUCCUUGCUGAACACAAAGCUCGAUCGAGAGAAAAAGAAGUGACAAAAGACAAAGAGCAAUCUCAGAACUCAAGAGAAGCCCAUCAGAGCCAGCCCACACCACAACAGGAACAGUCAUCAGGAUCUUCAGUAAAUUCAGUUCAAGAAGUAACGUCACCUGCAAAAGCCAGACCUCAAAACUCUGUCCUACCUAGGCCGUCUUCUGCGAAUAACAUAAACAGUACUAAUGCCACAAAUCACAGCGUUUUUGUGCUUGAGCCCUCUGUUACCAAUCCUGGAGGGGACCUGGCUAGCCGACUCUCCAGCGAUGAGGGAGAAAUUGAAGGUGUUGAAGAGACCGAAAAGCUUGACUGUUACUAUUCUGGACAUCAUCCUAAACCUCUUGCGUUUUGCUCAUUUGGGAGCCGUUUGAUGGGAAGAGGUUACUAUGUGUUCGAUAGACGGUGGGACCGAUUUCGAUUCGCAUUAAAUUCCAUGGUGGAGAAACACUUGAAUUCACAAAUGUGGAAGAAAAUUCCUCCAGCUGUGGAUAGCCCGAUGCCUUCUCCGGCCGCACAUAUAAGUGGUUCUUUUUCUUCAUCAAUUUUGCAACCUUUCAGCAGCCCUAAUUCAGUUUACCUUCCCUCUCCACCUGCUAACUCAAGAGUCACCCAGUCAUACAUUGUGAACUCUAGCGUAUUAUCAAACACGUGCUUUGUGACAUCUUCUGACACAAACUCUGUGACUUCGCACACAACAACUUUUCCUCAUGUCACGUCCUCUCUGAACAUCAUGGACUCCACUUUCAAAGCUCCUUCAUCUGUAUCGCCUGUGCCACUCACUACCCCCUCACCAUCCCACAAGCCAUCUAAAACCAAGCCCAGCAAGUCUCCGAAAGUUAAAGACCUAUCUUUAAGGGGUGAAGAGCCUUUAAGUAACAAAAAGAAAAAGCCUCCUACGCCUUCCUCAUCUUCCUCACCUUUGCAGACAUCUACAUCUUCUUCGUUUUCAGGGUCACACAAGAAAAACUGUGUCUUGAACUCAAGUACGACGUUGAACUCUUACCAGGCAACUUCUUCCUAUAACAGUGUGUCUCUGCACAAUGCAAACAAUGGAACUAGUCCACUUAGUGCCAAAAUGGAACCUCCAGGAAGGACUUCUAUGUCUGGUAGCUCAACAGACUCUAUAAAACACAUGAGCAUGGUCGUUAGCAGUAUUGACUCAAGUCUGUCAGUGUCUUCUCUGGUACAUCAUCCAAGGGAGCACACACUGGCAGCACAUAACACAGCUUCUCUGCCACUUCCGUUUGACAAAACGGAGGGCAAGAAACGGAAAAACUCUACUGCUAGCAGCAAGGCUUGCAAAAUCACUAAAAUGCCUGGUAUGAACAGUGUUCACAAAAAGAGCACCGCCAACCUUAUAUCUUCUGUGCCAGAUUCCCCCAACAGCUCCAUCUCUCGACAGCAGAUGGGGAAAAGUAGCAGUGUAGCUUUGUCACAAUCUACUCCUUCAAGUACAACAAAUCCUGCACAUAACAAACAAAAGACUUCGAACCGCACUGGCAGAAUAAGAACGCUUCCAUGACAUUGGGAGAGAACCAGUUGAUUACCUUUAAUCUCAGCAGUCCUGCUCCGCAAGCUCUACAUUGGCCCAGCCUAGAGACAAUGCCAUCUUAUGUUAACACAUGGGGGAAACACUUAAGUCUAAAGUUUACAGUACCAAAUCAGGCGCUAUUGCUUCGCUUUUUAGGGUUACUGGUGGUUGUUGCAUUGCUUUUCUUUUGUAGAAAUCAGUCUUUGGAGUCUUAAAGGUGAUUUGGAAAAAGUCAGAAUGUUGUGUGUUCAUGCUAGUUCCCAAAGUAAUCCGUUCCUCCAUAUCUGGAGAUAAAAUUCUUAUUUUCAAUUUAGUCGUCCACUUUAAUUUUUAAACUCUUUUAUUUAAUUGUUUUUUUUAUUAUUAUUAUUAGCUUUGAAUACCCCCUUCUUUUUUUAUCUGUAAAGCACUUUCCAGGUUUAAAAUGAGAAUUGACAAACAAGCUGGUAAGCGGUGCGCUCUCUCUUCCCCAUACACACACCGGUCGGCACACAGGAGAGUGGGGAUGAUGCCGGUAUGCUGUGCUAAAUGGCGAGGCAUUCAUCCAAAACGCCAAAAGUAAUACACAAAUGCAAAAGGUAGUUCCAAGCACUAGCCAUAGGCGUUCGUAUAUAAAAUCCAAAAAUGUAUUCCAACUUCAUUAAAAACAUAAGGCAAACAGCCAUGAAUACCGCAUAGAUAUUCAGCAUAGAAAGUGAAGCCGUGCUCCUAGGCAUCUGCUGUGUACACAUUAUUCAGUCGGUGAGCUUAAAACUAUCAUUUAAAUGGACGAGAGAGCCACACCAUGCCAAAGAAAGGCAUUUUGUUUCACUUUUAUUAGACCGAUGUGUAUAGAUAGACCCAUUGUUUCUUCAAAAUAUUUUUAAACAGGAACUAUUACGGUUAUAUAUUUAUUUUAAAAUUAUUGACUCAAAAGAUAUAUAUUAUAAUUAUUGACUGAAUGAAGCUUACAGCCAUCUAAUAAUAGCAUGACUGAAAACAAUUAUUAUUUAAAUUAAAACAUAUUGCACCAAAGGCAGAUUAGAGUAACCAGUAAACCGCGCAUUUGCUUAAAUAUUUUUGUGCACUUAUCUGAGGAGAGAGAAUAACAUUAUUAUUAUUAAUAUACCUCACAUCCUGAACUGCCAAUUUUAUACUGUACCUACAAUAUCAGUGACCCAAUAGGGCAGUGACGACUAAUCUUGGUGCCACAGAUGUUUUGAAACUACAUUUCCCAUGAUGCUUAGGCACUUUGCAGUCUAGUUGAUCAUCAGGGGAAAUGUAGUUCCAAAACAUCAAAGGUGCCAAGGUCAGCAAUCACUGCAAUAGGGAAUUCCACCAAACACACUGGCUUCCUACAAUUUAUUUUCCUUGUCACCUUUAAUGCUACAAUGACCCACUGAACUAAUCAGCAAAAUAAAGCUUUUGAGGACUACGAAAAUAAAUAUUUGCUCAGAUUAAAAAGGUCUUCAGUGAUAGCCAAAAAAAUGUUUAGACGAAAAGUGGAAUGCGUCAUGGGAAAACAAUGUGCAUUUAUUCUAACGUGCAGUCUAUAAGGUGUGUCUACAAUGUCUGUCCAUAACAGUGUUUCUUUUUGGACAUUUCUUUAUACAGGCCCAGAAGCCUUAAUCAUGAUAUCUCUUUAAUGACUUCAGAUAUUAUCUGUGUGGCUGUAGGAAAUGCAUUGUAACACGGGUGUAAUCACUGCAACCAGAAGAGUUAUCUGCAAUAGUACCAGGAAAGGGUGACGAAUGUGUUAUACAGAGGGAAUGAGCCACAAAAUAUCCGGAUUAUGUAUUUUAGUUACAGCUCACUCCUCAGUAUCCAGCUAUGGCAAUGACUAGAUACACACGAUCAAUUACUGCAAUAUUUUAUUCCCGCUCAUGAGCAGUGACCUCCUCCAGAAGCAGACUCUGGGAAAUGGCAGCAGUUACAUUUUACCCUAUUUUUUGCUUUACGAGCCUGAAAUCAUCACCUUAUUGCAUAUCAGCAUGAGUGAAAGUAGUUUGGGAGCGAGACUGGACAGUGUUAGUUAGGAUUCUUCAUGAACUGCAUGGUCUUGUGGCCAGAGCCACCAAAUUCAGGAAACAGAGGUUUUAUAAUGGUGGCUGCUGUGGCAUCUCUUGAGUGAAAUUAUUAUCUUUUGAAGGUACCACUAUACUAAUUCUUAAAAUGUUCAGUUAAAAUGCUGAACACCUGCUGCUAAUACAAAAACAAGAAACAUUUAAGAACUCUGCCUUUAAACAUUGUGUGUGCAUGUAUGUCUGGGUAUAUAUAUAUAUAUAUAUAUAUAUAUAUAUGUAUGGGGGGGUACGUAUGUAUGCAAAUGUGUAUG